AUGAAAAUUUCAAAAAUAUUUCCCUUUUUUUUUUUGUUAUACGUGAUUGAAAUAUUAUUAAUUGUGUACGCUAGUGAGAACUUAUAUUCAAUUGAAAAUGAUUUAGAACCACUAAAAAAUAUCGAUGAGACUCUAGCAGAGAGAAAAAAAAAGAAAAAAAUUUACUACUCCUUAAUAUCUUCAAGCAUAUUUGUCUUUGCUGCCGUUGCAUUGGGUAUUGGGUUUUACAUAAAUCAAAAAGAAGAAAAUUCUUUUAAAAAAUAUACACAAUUCAAGAACAGAAAAUUCAAUUUUGAAAAUCCGAGAGAUGGACAAGUACCAAGCACAAGCAGAGAAUAUGUGGAACCAAAAGGAAUAAAUAAAGUAGAUAUAAAAGGGCCAUUAGUUGAAAACACAAAUGAAAAUGAUGUCCCUUUAAAAAAAUUUAAUAUUUUUUUGGAUAACGCAAGAAUAGCAUUGAAAUAUCAUUUUAAUAAUUUAUCACUCACACAACAAGAGUAUUACAUGAACGACCCAGAUUAUAUAAGAAAAGUUCUGCAGUCUUUGGGAGAUAAAAGAAAUGUCCAUCUUUCAAGGAAUCAAGAAGACAUGGCAGUUUUAAAUAUGAGAGAUUUUUUGAACAAACAUCAUAACGAUUAA